CUCCAGUCAAUAAAUUCACCUGUCACAGCCUUCCUGGAGCAAAUCUGGGGAACAGGAAUCCAAAUUCAGUGGUCAUGGAUUUAAGGGCAACACUGGUGUGUCUUUACUGGCUGGCAGUCUUGUCCUCCUCUGCAGCUCAGGAUGAAACUGCAGAAUGUAGAUCGCAGACUAAACUCUGGCAGGAUCUAGCAGCUAAUGUCAAGGUGGCGGUAGAGUGUGGUGAGAGCCAGGCGUACAAUGGGGAUGCUGGUCAGACAGCUGAACUGCUGCUCUACAUGAGGAAUCUGACUGAUUCUCUGCACAAACACCAGCUGCAAGAAUGCCAAGGCGCAGAGCCAGCGUCAUGCCCCGCAGCUGAGGUGCCAAGCAAUGGAGGACUGGCAUGUGUCACUGUUGCCAACAAACGCUACUGCAAACCUCUUUGCAACCAUGGUUAUGAUUUUAGUUUUCUCAGGCGGACACGCCUGUUUGACGAAUGCAGUGAGCAGACGGGAUAUAAGUGGCAAAGCCAGUACGUUGGAGGAAACACACUGGCCGUAUGCAAUGAAGCAUCUGUUCAAGUUUCAGGAGCAGAAACGGCGUAUUUUACAAAAGACUGCUUAACGACCAAGAUCAGCAGCCAACUGAAGGAGAGCACCAUGGCCAGUUUCACCUCUGAGCUCAGGAAGCAGGGCAUACAGGGAGAGCUGCAGCAUCCCUGUCUUGUGUGUGGAUGAAUAAAAGUAGAAAAAAGAAUCAAAGCCACAAUAAAUGGUGGAAUUUGUGCACUAAAUACUCAAUAAAAGUCUAACAUGGUAUUUAAUCAA